AUGCAUCCCCACUCAUCAGUCCAGCCCAAUGCUUGGGCAGCCUUGAGGCUACCAUCUGGCUCCGUCAAAGUCCUUCCCAUCACCCCAAAUACAACUAUAUCACUAGGAAAAUAUGGCUCGUUUCCCAGCAAUCUAAUUAUUGAGCGACCCUACAACCUCACCUACGAACUUCUCGAUCGAGAGCCGGGACAGAAAGACUCGAACCUACGGAUUGUCCCUGCAUCCGAGCUUCACGCCGAUACAAUCGCAGAGGAGAAUGCUGCCUCGAAGGCCAAAGACGCGGAUGACACCGUGAUAAUUGGAGGCGAUGGCGUGGAAUAUGAGCUGGUGGGCGAGGAUGGGGAGGUCAUCAUGCGCUCCAAUCGCGAAACCAUUGAUGAUUCCGCACGACAGACCCUGACUAUGGACGAAAUCGAGACUCUGAAGCGAGAGGGCACUGGUGCUGGAAAGGACUUGAUCGCCAAGCUCAUGCUCAGCCAUACCGCGAUUGAUCAGAAGACGGCAUUCUCUUUGGCCAAGUACAAGCUCUCAAAGACGAAGAAGUAUCUAAAGAGAUUUACCAUCCUGCCGCUUGACAUCCCAAUGUUAACCCAUUGGGUGAUGACGGAGAAGGAUGCGGGGAAGGUUCUCGAGAUGCGCAGUGAAAUGCUAAGUCUCGUGGGCAGUUGGGCCAAUGUACAUUUUGUAGAGGAGCUGCCGGAGAUGGAGAGCGGACGAUGGCUCGUAAUCGACGAGACUUGCGGGCUCUUGGUAGCAGCUGUGGCGGAACGAAUGGGCUUGUUAUAUCCUCCCAGCAAAGACCCCGAGGACGACGGCCAAACCACCCGUCACAAGGAGGAUCCGCCAGCCGCUACGUCCAACACCAUAACACUCAUCCACAACAAUGCACAACCCAAUCUCAGCUUACUAAAAUCCUUCCUCUACGACCCAACGACUGCGACCCCUCCAUGCCCGUCACAUCCGCUCCACACACAUCUUAAUAGCCUCUCCUGGCUUCAACUCCUCGAACCCUCAAAAGACGUCACCUACUCAACCGCCAUCCCACCACUUUCACCAACGUCCCUAAACGACCUCAAACCCGCCAAGCGCGGAACCUACUACCGGAAGCUAAGGCGCUGGACACGUACAACACAAACGAUAGACACAGCACGGCAGGGGAACUUCGAUGGCCUCGUCAUCGCGUCGGCGAUGGAUCCCUCAUCAAUCCUCCGACAUACAAUCCCCCUUCUACGGGGAGGCGCAAAUAUCGCCAUCUACUCGCCCUACAUCGAACCACUCGUUACUCUCUCAGACUACUACUCCACAUCCCGCCGGACGGCAUUCCUACAGGCGCCUCCACCAGACUUCGAGGCUUUAGCCACGAGCGAGGAGCGGGAUAGAUGGCAAGGGAAUGAAGAUUUCCCGCUCAAUCCGUUGCUUGUCCUCAAUGCUACCGUGCAGAGCGCGAAGGUUAGGGAGUGGCAGGUUUUGCCAGGGCGGACGCAUCCUGUUAUGACCGGAAGGGGCGGCGCUCAGGGGUAUUUGUGGACGGGAGUUAGGGUUGUGCCCGCGGUGGGACGGGUGGAGGCUAGGGGAAAGUUUUCGAGGAAGAGGAAGGUUCCCAAUGAAUCUAAUGAUAAAGAUAAAGGAAGUGCCAGUAAAGACGUGGAGGAGGGUGUAGAGCCCUCUGUUAAGAGGGAGAGAGUAGACGAGGAAAAGAGGGUGGAAGAAGGGGAGAAUCAAGGGAGUAUACUUCUGAAAGAAGAUACUGUGGAGACUCUAGAUAGUGAUGUACAGAUGCUAGAAUCAUGA